AAGCACAUGGCGAAGCCCCCAAAGUGGGGAUGCAAUUGAUAGGCAGGUUUUCUGCUGCAGCUUACGUAAAAGAUGUUGUACUUAUCGCACUUGGAACACUCACACAGACCGCCUUUCAAAAACGCCUCGAUUUGCUGGCAAUACCUGUUGCCGUCGCACCGUAAACACUUUCGGUCUGCACCACGAGCCAGUUAGUUCGAUUUUCUGCCAUUGUGCCGCUCAAAAUCUUUCCUUCACACUGAAAAGCUCGUGGAAAAGUGUUUACGCUCGCAGUGGAAACCUCUGAGGACUAGAGAAUCCUUGCCGCUGCUGUUCAUCCGUGAUUGCAUCAUUGUGGAAGAAUGGGGACAAUUUUGUGGUGCAAAAAGUGUCGUGGAAAUCAUCAUAAGUGAAGUUGUUACUUAACGGGGUCGGAAGACAAUCCAUUUUCCGAGAAAUUCACAAAUUAGACAGACUGUGCAAAUUGGAGUUCAGCGACGGGCAAACGAGGAGAAAAUGAUGAAGUGGGCGCUGGGACUGUUGCUGAUAGUGAGCGUAGUAACGAGCCAAUUAACGGAUAAUGGCGAAGAAAGUUCAGGCGCAGCCAAGAUUAGACGGCCCCGAUCCAUACUUGGCUUCUUCCAGUCAAUUUUCACCAUUCAUCAGCUCCAUCAGGCUCAGAAAACCGAUGCGUCUUACACGUUGGCGCGCAUUUACGACGUCCUGAAGAACAGUUUCUCCGACACAGCCACGAAAAAGCCCGUAAUCGCCGUGCAGGAGCCUCAGAGUGAUCCAAAUGCCACAACGACAACCACCACGGAGAGAACAAAGCUGUCUCGAAGGGAAUUCGGCAGGAUUCUGGGCCGCAAUUUCCGCGGUCUGCAGCGAGUCUACCAGCUGGAGUUGCUGGAUGCCCAAGAGGAAUCAAAGCGAACAAUUCAGCAGUACAAAGUGCAGCUCGGCAACUCUCUGGCUCCAUUUGUGUACAACCUGCCGGCAGAUAAUUCGAUAAAUUAGCCAUAUUUAUUAGUUUGCGUUUAGCAUUACAUAAAUUAAUUUAUUAUAUUCCCUCCCACUCUCCCGUAAGAACGUUCACGAACACAUGAGAAUAUUGGUUGGGGCGAUUUUCGAUUCACAAACAUAAUUGAUAGUCAGUGAUCUGGCUGGAAUGCCAACACCCAAUUGCCAAUGCUGGAUGUGUAGCAGCAUCUCAUGUUGCAUUAAUUCGAGAGAGAGAAUCGUGAGUGUGUAAAUUGCAUAGUUUUUCGAUGGGGGAUACUGUAAUUGUAAUGUUAGGGUUAAUAAGCGCAAAUGCCACACACUAUGUACACACUAUGAGGUUGUAAUUUCUCUGUGAUAAAAGGCUCAAUACAUAUUAAUUAACAGCAAAUAUCACUGUGCUCGUAGGAUUAAAUUUAGACAUUUUGUACCUCAUAGAAAAUAUUCCUGCAACCACCUCACACUUUCAACCCCCACAGAGAGACAUUCUGGCGACUCUGCAGGGCGAGAAUGUCUCCGGGGAGUGGCGUUUUUGAGCCACAGAAGAGAAACAGGUGUAAAUAAAGUUUGAACUCAGAAUUAA